AUGUCUUCAAGAGCUGCUGUUGACAGUGACAGUGAUGAUACGUUAGACAUUACAGAGUUUACAAAACAUGGCAAGAGACUCAAGAACUCAAGAUCAGCAUGGACAUCAGAAGUACCGAAGACCAUGCGGGAGGAAAUAGAGGUCGCAGAGACAGAAGCUGCUUUCUACCAAGGAAUUCUUGACGUCAUCAUAGCGCAUCUCGACCCUGAUAUUGAGGCUGAAAAUAUCGAAAGGCUUGUCCUGCCACCAAGGGUUCCAAAUGAUGUCAGAAAGAAACUCCGCAAAUACAGGGUUGAGGCAAAGAACAUUAUUGAAUACAUAAACGAAAACACGGGAGACGAGAAGGAAGACGAAAAAAGGAAUGAAGAUGAGAAAGCCGAGGCUAUAUUUUUAACGACAUUAAUUGAAAAGUUGUGCUCGGCACUGAAACAAGACACCAUAUCUUCCAAGUUUAAACUACCUCGUGUUCCUGUUGUGAACGUAGAGAGAAAAGAUGUAUUGAAACAGUACAGAAAAGACGCAAACGAAAUCGUCCAAUGUCUAAAACGGUUAAAAACUCAGAAGAUAGAUAAGGUCACCCAAACCGACUUUCCACAAGAAGACAAGGAAGUGAGACAGACUAGGGUCACAGAGUACAUUAACUCAGCUUCAUCAACAAAGAGUGUCCCCGAAACGAAGAAGAAAAAGAUUAUUCAGCGCACAAGACAGACUCAAACAGACUUCGACGAACACGCUCCGUGUACAGCAUCAGUAUUAGAUCCGAUUGGGAAAACACUCGGCAGUUCUGUACACCCUCCGUCCUACAAUACUGUUUUGUCCGACUACAAAGUAACACAAGACGGUGUAGCUGUUACUAAACCGGAACAAGUUCAACAUCCUGAUCUUUUACAGACUAUUAAAGGUGUAGAUGGCAGAAAUUUUAAACAACAUCAAGAUGCAAAUGAACAACAAUAUCAACAUCAUCACUACCACACUCACAGCAUUCAGCAGCAACAACAACAGCAGCAACAACAGCAGAGGGUGAUGGACGAUGUGGUUCCUAACAGAGAAAGUCGAAACACUGCUGAUCAACAAGAUAGGUUGACUGACGGGCAUAACGCGCAACAUGACCAACCGAGACAAAACAGAAGCUCAGAUCAGUCUAGUGGAAGAGUGAUGUCAGGUUUAGGUGAUGAUCGACCACUCACGUCUGACAAUGAUACUGAAUUGUCUAAUUACCUGAAACAGACCGAUGGAAGUCCCACAGAUAAGUCAAGUAGGGAUUAUAUCAACAUGCUGGAAGCUCACAACUUCAAGCUGUCAUGCCGUGUAUCGUUAUUAGAGAGUCAACUUCACGAUUCACAAAGAUCCCUUGUGGUGUCGGCGUACUCAAAUCAAACUGUUCUUGACAGAGUAAGUGAUAAUAUAAGGUCAUCUGUCCAUGAACCACCAAAUUUACAUGACAUCCAUUCAACGUCACAGCCCUCCACCCGUGAGUUGUCGGAUCUUGCGGACAGAUAUAGACCAAUUAAGCUAGCAGAGAAAUUUGCAAAAUUAUACGAUAGAGAGUGGGUUGAUAUAUUCACGUUUGAAACGACAGAUAUGAAAAAAUCCGAACAAAAUGCAAUAACUGAUAUUCUUGAGGUCAUCCAGAGCAUUUACCAAAUGUGUGCAAGACUUUCACAAGAACAAAUCGAGGAUUGGCAGGACCAGAUAAUGACCGUAAAGAGAUCAGAAUUACCAGAGUUUCUACGACACGUUCGAAAGCUGAAAGAUGACGCCUUAUCCGCAGCUUUGAAACAAACUCAGAAGGAAAUGGCAGUUGAUUCGAUUCCGAAUAUACGGCAGGAGAUUGUCACCAACGAAGCAUUGGCAUCGUUUUACGGCCCGGAGCUAGCUAGCUGUGAGGAGUUUGUAUUAGCGUGUGUUGAUGUGUGUUGGCUAAUGACAGUGAGCGAUCCCCCCAUACUUCUCGAUUUCACGUGCAAGAACGGGUCAAAAUUUGACAAGGACGUUUACUCAGUAUACACAAAAACGGGCAAGAAGGUGGACUUCCUCGUUUGGCCACCUGUUUAUGGAGAGGGCCAAUUACUUUAUAAAGGAGUAGUUCAGCUGAUGUAA